AUGGUACCUUCCUUCAAAUCCGAUGGUCUAUUGGGUCAAAUCAUUGAUGACGCACUACUACCUGGUCGUAGUUUUCGUAACCUACAGCGACUGGUGCUAUCAAGCAAUCGUGAUUCGACGGAAACGGAUGUCGGCUUACUACUAUUAGCUGGCCAAGCUUCUUUGAAUCACGUUGCUCUGCAGAUCGCGCACACCCGAAAUUCACUGUUUGAAGCUUUGGCAUGUGCAUCAGCCAAAUUCCCGCGACUGGAAAACGUCAUUCUUGGUUAUCAAGAUCCUUACCAGUCCCGACUCACUGUCUCAGAACUGAUGAGUGUUGGUAUUGGGGAGUCAUCCGAUCAUCUGUUCCCAAUAUGCAACGUGACUGAUUGGGGUGUGUCAUUACUGUUCGAAAUGUGUCCGAGACUUACUAACCUCACUAUACGUCACGCACCCUACUUGACUUCAAUGCGAGAAUGGAAGCCACAUCCUUUGGAACCCGAAGAACAGGAUGUCGACGGGAUUGGUCCUGACGAGGAUCUAAUUCCGGAUGAAGGUACAAAUGAAAACAACACCGGAACUAGUUCAGAUCCGCAUGCACCGGUCCUUCGUUCGCUCACCCUCGAAAACUGUCCGGGUUUGCGUAUCGAGAGCUUGGAACAAGCACUGUCAACCGGCGAGCCUUUCCCCUGCUUGGAAACAUUGGUGAUGCGAGAUAUGUUUAUGUCACGAUUCCAAACUGAAUCUUAUCCGUUUGGGGAGCAAACAUGGAGUGACAAAAUGAAGUGGACCACACCUGGCACGUCAGAUGAAGCUUCACAGACCCAACCGUUCCACCCAGAAGACGUUGAUUGGAGUAAAGCGAGUCAUUUACUUGCUCUUUCCGAUCUGUUGAAUGCACGUCGCCUGGGAUUUUCUUCUAUUUCUCCCGAGGGUAUUGGGCUAUCAUCAUCUGUCCGUGAAGUUGGACAUCUGAGCCAGACGCACGGUCUGCGUUUGGUUGACCUACCUGUUCGACCGUUCGACCUUUUUUACUCUGUACGAACACAUCACUACUUGAACAGUGUCCUCGAGCUGGAUGGAUCAUGCGGUCCCCUGUCCAUUAAACGCAAGAGAAUCGCAUCCGCAUUCUUUUCGAAGAAAUGCGGCACUCCUGGUCCAUACUUCUCAAACACCAGUGCCAACGAGGAAUUACCCAGUGAUAGACCACCGGAUUUCGUGUCACAGUCCACACAGACGUGUGUCUGUGGCUUGUUGGAAUUACAGUUCAUGUGGUAUCUUUCCGGACGAUGCGAGUGGCCUGUUCAAGGUACUCCAACCACUCAGGCGGAGCGCAUGGAUCACGCUAGAACCCAUCGAUCAGCGGUCCCCAGCACCUCGUAUGAACCCAAACUAACCAACUCCAACUGUAGCGUUGGUACAUCGAACUCUUUAGGGGGGCCAUUGGCCUUCCAUCCGUUUCCUGUUUCGACUCAGUAUCAAGACUUGAGUCGAAUUGUGACUGCAUCGGAGUGGACCCGAUUCAUAACCAGUAGUAAUCCUUUCGUUACCCUAUUGGAUAAUACGCAGCCAUUUGUCACAGUAAAUCCUGGAGAUUGCCCUGGCUGUGUAUCGAACCAAACUCCAAACGGCAUGCAUGUGAAACCGAUUUCAGCUGCUCGUGGAGAAUCAGGGCUUAUGCACCGUCCUCGAAAAUGGAUUGCUCGUGACGCAUCCAUCGACACAAGUGAACUUCGUUGUCACAAUGGCCCUGGACCGUUGGUUUUCACCAUUUUCCAACCCGAAUCCGCCUCUUUCAGUAACCUGACAUCCGUACACUUUGAAAAAGUUGGCAUAUCGCACAUGGUGCUGAGCAGAGCUCCACAUCUGAAAAACAUUACACUGGAGAAUUGUCCCCACCUUCAAGGUAUUAUCUUUGCUCCUCGGGACGACUCAUCGAACAUGGAUGUGGUUCCUGCUCUGCGACGUAUACGUGUUCUACGGUGCCCAAAGUUUGCCAUUUAUAAUCUGUUGAAUGCAGUCGCCAGCCUCUAUCCGGUGCACGACGAGAACAUCUCCAUUACCUAUCGUCCGUUUGGACAUUACGAUGAACAGGUUGAACGCGCAUUGUGGAACCGAGCGCAUCAUGCACAUGUGCUCAUAUCUCACGAUUACAAACAACAUGAAAGCGAACGAGGUAUGGAGGAAUUCCAUUCUAGCUUCGACCAGCUCUUCCGUGAGGUCAUCAAUUUUGCCGAGUACGUUUCUUCACUAAAUGACUCAUUCAGAUAG